GUGCGAACUGCGGCGCUGACGGAACAAGAUGGAAGAGGCAUGACGCCAUGUUCGCCAUGUUUUGAUGUCGUCAUCCCCCCCACCCCCACCCCUGAACGUUGUUUCGUGCAGAGGAUAGCCCGUGUUUUUUUAGCGUGUGCUUUCCCGUAGAUUCACGCCGCAGCGCACGUUCCCGGCGAUAUCCGGCGAUAUCCGGUGGUUCCUAGUGGUUUCCAGUGGUUUCCAGUGGUUCCCGGUGGCACGGUAGCCUGUCGCGCGUUCACCAGCGCCGUAGCUUCCCAUAGUUCGUCAAUCGGUCAAUCUGCAUGCACGUCGCGCGGAGCUCAGCAGAGCUCGGCGGAGCUCGAUCUGGAUCUGCUGGAUAACCCUCGUGCAAAGUUCAUCCAAGUUCACCUUUGCUAGCGAGUCUUUUGGCGCUCGCGCCUGGACGUUUUCAUGUCCGUGGAAGUGGCUGCGGUGCAGGGGGGAUCUAUUGUUUACGACGCGGUGGUCAUGUCCUAGUGAUCCCGACGGGAGUGAUCGAUCGGAGCACAGCCGUUUGCCACUGACCCCGCCACGUUACGUUAGCACUGCCUCGUCGUCAUCGUAGUCUCCGCUCAUCCAUCCUGACCGACGGCGCGCGCGUUUCCUUCGCCGUUGCGCGUGCACGUCACAUCACGUCACCUCCGAGAAAGCGCAGACCCGUGCGGGACGGAUAGAGCGCCUUACGUGCGUGCGUGCGUGCGUACGUACGUACGUACCGUGCGUGCGUGCGUGCGUGCGUGCGCGCGUACGUCUCCUUUUCUCGGCUUCGUUUUCCCUUCGAGCACAAGAGGAACGAGGGAAAGGACUCGCUAGUAAAAAUGGAGUUGCGUUUGCACUCGCCAGCAGGAGCGGAACCGAUCGUGUAUCAGUGGCCUCUUACCUCCGGAUCAGGCUCUGAUCGUCACGAUGGAGCACUGGACGUUAUCGAAACUAUGCGAUGGGUUUGCGAAGAUUUGCCAGAUUUGAAAUUACCCUUAGAAAACAAUAUCCUCUGUGACUACGAUCCAAGAGAUUACGAAAGUAUGAAAAGCUUGUGCGAUAGAUUUAAUAGAGCCAUCGAUAGUUUAGUACAAUUGGAAAAAGGCACCAGCCUGCCAUCCCAGAGACUAAAUAAGAGACCUAGUAGAGGAUUACUUCGUCAUAUACUUCAACAAACUUAUAAUCAAGCUGUGGUUGAACCGGACAAGUUAAAUCAGUACGAGCCUUUUUCACCCGAGGUCUAUGGCGAGACGAGUUACGAGCUUGUAUGCCAGAUGAUUGAUCAAAUUGACGUAACAGAGGACGAUGUUUUUGUAGAUCUAGGUUCUGGAGUUGGUCAAGUGGUUCUUCAGAUGGCAGCUGCAACUUUGUGUAAAAUUUGUAUCGGCGUAGAGAGAGCCGAUGUACCAUCAAAAUAUGCACAGAGCAUGGAAAUAAAUUUUCGAAAAUGGUUAAAUUGGUAUGGGAAACGAUGCGGAGAAUAUCGUUUAAUAAAAGGAGACUUCUUAGCCGAUGAACACAGGGAAAGUAUAACCGGAGCUACUAUAGUGUUUGUUAAUAAUUUUGCAUUUGGCCCAACGGUUGAUCAUCAAUUAAAGGAACGCUUCGCUGAUUUACGGGAUGGCGCGCGUAUAGUGUCUUCAAAAUCGUUUUGUCCACUAAACUUCCGAAUAACGGACAGGAACUUGAGUGAUAUUGGCACGAUAAUGCAUGUCUCGGAGAUGUCACCGUUAAAAGGUUCCGUCUCUUGGACUGGUAAACCGGUGUCAUAUUAUUUGCACGUAAUCGAUCGAACGAAAUUAGAACGUUAUUUCCACCGCUUAAAGAACAAUAAACAAGGUGGCUUAGAUGAAAACUCUGAUUCUGUGAUAAGCAACACUGCCAGCAAUAGUAGUAAGAUUUCUAAUAGGAAUGAAAGAGGUGACAGAGCCAAGAGAGAUCUUUCAAGGCAAUUGGACAGUCCGAAUCAUUCAGAGCAGCAAGGGACAAAUAGUGACUCCGAUUUAGACGACAGCACUAUUAAAAGUCGUCGACAGCCAAAUAAAAUACGGAGGAAAUUCAAUCGAAAAACUACGAAUGGCAUUACGAGAGCUCCAGCUAGAGGUAGACAGAGAGGAAGAGGUGUUAAGAGAGCCAAGCCUAAAAAGGCAAUUAAUAUAUCUGGACUAGAUUUGUUACAUAGUCAAACUUUACUCAGUACGUCACCUCAAGCUCUUGGGAAAAAACCUCCGCCUGCUCCUGGUUGUGUAGACCAACAACUGUCUUCAUUGUCGCUUUCAUUGCAAUCGCAUUCCACUUCAGUGCAUGAAGAACUCAGUAUACCACCCGCUCCGUCCGCGACUCCUUACGCUCUACAAAUACUUCUGGACUUGUACAGGGACCAAUUUAUGCUUAUGUUAGAAUCGAUGAGAACGCCCACUUACAAGUUAUCCGUCAAUACGGAUAUUGCGAAAGAAAGAGAAAAGAACUCAAAACUUCAAUCGAGAGCGGCGCAAUUGGAGAAACAAAUUAAAGUGUUGAUAGAUGACAGCGUAGCUCUCUUGAAGGCAAGAAUGACUGAAUUAGGUAUCAAUGCAACGUCACCCGGGGAUCUGUUGGCAAAAGCCAAGGAAAUAGUUCUAAGACAUAAACAGCUACAGGCUAAAGCGAGCAAAUUGCAAGCGCAAGUGGCGUCUAUGGAAACAGAACAAAACAGGCUAGUGGCGCUUAGACAUCAAGAAUUGCAGGAAAAAUAUAAUGGUCAUCCAAAUGCAAUUGGCAUAACGAAUCCACAUCAACCGCUCACCGAGGAUUAUUUGUUGAAAGAAAUUUCCGCCACUCUUUCUCAGCGUAAACGAUUACAUUCUCAGGUUUCAAAGCUAGAGCACGAAUUAAACGUAUUGGAAAGGACAAGUAAUGAGAAGCAAGCCGCUGCUAUUGCUCAGCAGCAGAAGGACGCAAUUGGAAGUAAACAUUCGCAAAAUUUACAUCAUGGUAGUCAGCAGCAGAGUAUUAAAAAUGGAGUAGCGCGUAAAGGUAGGGAAGGUCGUUCGAGGUCGCAAGAAUGGCCCGACGUUCCGGACAUAGGAAAAAUACAGGAAAAUAAUCCAGAAAUAUUAGCACAAAAGAUUUUAGAAACGGGAAGGCAGAUAGAAGCGGGUCGUAUACCAAACAGACAGAGUGCUAAUAGCAAUUCCAGAACUAGACUGCCACAGGCUUCUCUCACCUUCUCCACAUCGUCUUCUAUUUCAUCCACACAACCGCAGACGGCCAAUACAGACAUAUCGAAUCGAAUUCAAGAGCCUCCUAGAGUCGCCAAUUUUGAGGAUAGACUAAAAAGUAUCAUCACAAGUGUAUUAAACGAAGAUCAACAAAACAGGAACAAGCAACAACAGAUGCAGUUGCAAGUGCAAUUGCAAAGUCAGUCCGAAUCUGAGAGAAAGCGCGUUUCGUUACCACAGAAUGUUUCUACUCCGGAUUAUACUCAAGUUUCACCUGCAAAGUUAGCAUUGCGCCGUCAUCUUUCGCAAGAACGCCUCUCGUCGACUCAUUUGACACCGUCUGAUAGAUCGACAAUUGAUCCUAGGCAACCGUCGAAUUAUGACAAUCGGCUUGUAGCAAGUGGGAGUGGAUUACUUGGUACAAGGACGAUUGGCGAUCUCGUUAGUGGAGAAAUAGAAAGAACUCUGGAAAUAUCCAAUCAAUCUAUAAUAAAUGCCACCGUUGAUAUGAGUGCAAUUAUGAGACCCGAAACCGUAUACUCUCCCAUUAGUAGACCAGCAAGUGCCGAAGGAGACGCUGGAUUGUCAACGUUGGCGCAUGUAGCUAGCUACGCGCCCACCUCUUCGGGGACUUCUACCUCCACACCCACGACUAGUUCGAGAUCGUCUGUGCUCUUCACUCCGGUAACGCAACCACAAAGAUAUACACCGGUUCAAUUGCCGCGAGCGGAUAUUAAGCCUUAUCACGAAUCUUACUUUUCGGAUAAUCCGUCUCAGUCGCUCACACAAUCGCAUUCGGCGGCGUCACCUCUACAUUCGUCUCAAAACACAUCGAAUGGCGAAUUGUUACCUGUAGAAGGGCUCGCAGCGUCGUUGCACGCUCGAAUAUUAAACCACAAUAGUAGCGGCAAAACCGAAUCUACUCUUUCCGGCAGUAGAAGAUAUCAGCCAUAUCCGCGAUAUGCAACAAGCAGUAGUAAUAAUGGAAACGCGACGACAAGUAGUACCGCAGCUUGCCAAUCACAACCGUUGAUGUCAGUAAAAACGGAAGCGGUUGUAUCGUCGGUAAGCACAAGCGGAGCACCUUUAAGUCCGCUUGUUGAACCACACUCUAAUACUUCGACGCCACUAGUCGAUGAACCCCAGAUGACAACGCAAAGACAACGAAGUGCUGUUGGAGAUGAUGAUGGAGAAGCUGACUGGCAAGAUCGUAUCAGCUCAGGAUUUGAUCGCUUGGUCGCGUUUGCUUCCACAGAAUUGGAUAAACGUAGACGAUCGACAGAAGGAGUAAAUACAAGUCCCGACAGUGGAUUAGGUUCAGAUAGUGUCGUAACAGGGCCACCACCUGUCGUACCUUCUCCUGAUGAAGCGUUAGGACCGCCGAGAACACCUUCUCCAACCAGCCCCCGUCCUGCAAAUUCAUCUAAUAAUCCUCCGAGUGCAACAUCUUCCUCAGUACCUUUGAAAUACCAACGACAACUAGAUCCUGAGCGGCAUCACUUUAAGAAGAAGUUUUUUCAUCGUGAUUGGAGUAAUUCUGCAAGUACCAGCAAGUUUCGUCCUAAAGGCAAAGAUUGGGAUUGGAACCAUUCCGGGCAAUGGCCUUCGAAUGACGAACAAUCCUAAUUUUACCUAUACUGUGUGAAAGAUAAUUUUUUAUAUUAAUGAUGAGAAAGUUUGCUUUUUCUUUCGAGCUUAGGUGAGGGAAACAAAAUAGCGUUGUUUUUACUUUUAAAGUUAUUAAAUUAUUGUUCUCGUUUUGUUAUGUAUAAUAACUCUCUUUUAUAAUAUAAUGAUGAUUCGUAUUUUUCGUGUACGUGAAUUGUACAUGCUUACGAUAUUCAAAAAAGACACAAGUAUCUUGUAUAAUUAAAUCAAGGAAAAUUAAGACUUGUUUUUUUCACUGCAACGACAUUAGAAAACGGUGUAUAAAAAAAGAGAAACGAAAAGUUGUGUGAAUUUUUUUAUUUCAUUCAUACAUCAAGUAAAUUAGUUAUUCUAACAAGUAAUUGCAAAUUUUAUCAACUAUCAUGAUAUUUGUCCUCGUUAAAACAGCACGAAAAAAUUAAUUUAUGCUCAUAUAUAAUAUAGAAAAACGAAUUCGUAUUUCUCGUUUCUAGUAGUAGAAUUUUUAAUAUCGCAGUGAGGAAGCAGAAGCCUUAAUGGAAAAGGAACGAAAAAAAAAUAUAUAUGUCUGCAUGUGAACAUAUUUGAGUGAGAUCAAUGAAGCUGAUGAAUGCUUGUGAUUCAUUUAACUUCAAAUACAUUUGUAUUAUACAAUGAAUAUAAUUAAGAAUAAAUGAACAUUACUAAUGGAUUCAUGAAUUUCAAGUUUAUGCUGAUUAAGAUCGCAAGGCUACUAGCAAUUACACGUGUUAUAUAUUGAGAAAAAUUUACAGAUAUUGAAAGAGAGUUAUCUGA